AUGGCAAACAACAGAGUAGCACCGGCUAUGCAGGACAGUACUAAUUAUCCAUGGAUAGUCGAAGAAAACACGACAUCGAACAAUUUAUCAAGUCAUUAUCAACAAGGAGAAACUAAUCCAAAGCACGUGCCGAUGUCUCAAUCGAGAGCGGCGCAUUGGGAGCCAAGCUGUUGCUGCUCAUCAAGUGUAUUCGUUGCACUAUUUGCCAUUAUUAUUAUUGCUACGGCUUGUACAGCUAUUGGCAUCACCGCAGUAAUAGUAUUUGGUCAAGCCCGAACGACUACAGUUAGCACAACAACUACAACCACUACUACAUCCACUCGUACUUCAACAACUUCUGCUAUAUGGCUUACAACAACUACCUAG